CGAACAGCCGCAGUAACGAGCUUCGCGCUAAUAUCGCCGGUCGACCUGUACAAUAGUCUCUCCGGUUGCGUUUACCAAUUAACAUUAUUAUUAUUUUUUUUUUAUUACAUUUUUUAUUUCACACCGUUUUUAAAAAAAAAACACAUCGCAAAAUAUACGCGUGUACGAAAAUGAUGAUACUACGUUACUAGUAACGCGUUCGAUUCGUGUCCGGCGUCGCUCGCGUACCUAUAUAGUUUCAAUGGAAUAAUCGUAGUUUUGAUAAAUAAAAACAAAAUGACGUCCAACACGUCAUCUUGAACAGCCCGUCAUUUUCAACUUAACAAAAUGGUGAAACGUAUCAGUAAACAUCACUACGUGGCCACACCUGGCAGUAGCAAACACCACCACAGAUCAACGGAAACACUACCGUAUGUGCACAGAGGAUAUUCCACCGAUGGUGAAGACAGCCAAAGAACUUUGUCCGAGUACACGAUCGCCACGGACAGACCAUCGUCUCGUGGUCAACGGACGCCACCCAGGUCGAAGCGGUCCCGAAGCCUGGAGAGGCCGUCUAGCAGCUCCCGAGCCAGGUCGGCGGCCAGCCACCAUGAUUCGGACGUUUACGUGACCAGUGCCGCGUAUAGGCCGCCGUCCGAAAUGAGUCGAGGAUCUCAUUACACCAGCAGGAGCAACCGGAGCAGGGGUCCGGCUCCCAGCCACUACUCGUACCGGAGCAACGGUCUUGCCCCCUCAGAAGUGUCGACGGUCAAGUCCAAAAUCACGCGUAAACCAGGCGUCACCAUUGAGACCAUGUCGGCGCCAAAUCCGUUUUGCCCGAACACCAAGGGUAUGUGCUGCCUGAUGCUGCUGCUCAACCUGGGACUCAUAUUGGUCACGUUGGGUUUCGUCAUCGUCAUACAAUUUUUUGAACCUCUGUUCGUGUGGGUGUUGGGCAUAAUAUUCCUUAUUUUUGGCUUUUUGACACUCAUGGGCAGUCUGAUCUACUGUGUGACGGUGUGCAGAGACGCCAAGACGCCCAAGGAGGUGGCCAUGCAAAAUCACUACUGGACGCAUCAUUGGCAAAAGAGCUUCGGUGCCACACCAGAAAUACAUUACAAGACGGAGAAGUAUCCACCACAGGCUGUGCACCACUCGGACCACGACGAGUACAGCGAUCGAUUUUCAAUUGGCAAGCAGUCGGACAGGCACAUGCACGGGCACAGAUACUAAUCGCAUUAUCAAUCAUAAUUAAUGUAUAUAAAUGUUGUAAUGUUUUUUUUUGUAAACUGUAAAUAUUUCAAUGCGGUUAAUUUUGGUCAACCUAAUUUAACAGUAGUGGUCAUCAUAAUCUGACAUCUAUGUUUAUAACAUCAAAAUAAUGUAUAAUAUAAAUAUAGGGAGUAUUUUAAUAAUUAUUAAUAAUCAUACAAACAUAAUAAUAAUUUAUUUCAAUUGUUGUAAUAAAGAAACUGUUUAUUACCUCAGUUUAUGUAAAAAAAACUACUAUUUCUGUUCACAAGUUGUACGGUUGAUAAUAGUAUCAAAACAGUUAUAUUUGAAAUUAUUCAUGUAUGUAUGUCAUUUUUUUAUCAAACUAAAAAUAUAAUAAAUAACACCAAACAUCCUUAACAUGUAUUAUGCAUUGAUUUGUUAUAAAUUCUAGAAAAACUGAAAUUAUUUUUUAAUUUUCAGCAUUUCUGGAAAAUAAUUUAAUAUUAG